CUUCAUAAGUGAAACACGUUGAUGGAAAGGCAGCAGCAGAAGUGUGGAGCGUGUCUCUAAUAAACUGGACGUCAAUUAUCCGGAGAGCAUCAAACAGCUCAAGUUAAUCAGAGAGACGGCCUCAGAGCUGCACCUUUUCCCCAAAGCUGAAUAUUAAAGAUGGAGUGGCGGCAGCAGAGCAGCGUCAGCUGCGAGGACGCCUUCACAGAGGCUCAGCGCUGGAUUCAGGAGGUAACUGGAAAAUCCUUUGGCUGCAGUGAUUUCCGUGUUGCCUUAGAAAAUGGUGUGUUGCUUUGCGACUUAAUCAACCAGUUAAAACCUGGAAUCAUCAGACGAGUAAACAGGCUAUCCACUCCCAUUGCUGGACUGGAUAAUGUGACAGUUUUCCUUAAAGCCUGUGGAAAGCUCGGAUUAAACGAGUCGCAGUUGUUUCAUCCUGGUGAUCUUCAGGAUCUGUCCACUCGGGUGACACUCAGGCGUGAUGAAAGCCAGAGGAGACUCAAGAAUGUUCUUAUUACAAUCUAUUGGCUGGGUCGCAAGGCUCAACUUGACACACUCUACAGUGGUCCUCAGCUUAAUUUCAAGGCUUUUGAGGGGCUUUUAGGUUUGGCCUUGUCCAAGGCUCUUGAAGAGGGCACUAAUGCAUUUGUAAAAGAUGGGAGUUACAAGGAGUGCUUGCACUCUGAGGGAGAGGAAAGUCUGCAAACAAGACAGACUUAUAAUAGAGGAAACUCUUUAGUUGGCUUUGACUGUGUGGACCCCAAAGCUGUCUGUCUACAUGAAGAAGGUUUUGAAAGUGACGCAGAAGCAGAGCAGGUGUACAAGAUGGACAGUACGAAGGUCUCAGCCCAGCAGAGCAAAGGACAUGUCCAACCACCGCUUGGUAGAAAACAGGGACGGUCGGAAAAGGCAGCGGAUCAUACGAGCCAACUUCCAAGAGCAUGUCAGAUUCAGUCUGAGACACCAGUUCAGGUCAACCCUGGCUGGAUUUGGAGCAAAUCCCUCAGUGACAUCCCUAUGGUGUACCCCGUGCGUAAAGUUUCAAAUGGAAAUGCCAUUUCUGAUAAAGGCCAAGACACCAGGGACUGGAAUCAAGAAAUUGAAAGAAACUGUAGUGCUGCUGCCAGGGACAGUGAAGUUCAGUGGCAGGAUGAUUUGACGAGGUGGAAGAAUCGACGCAGGAGCACCAAGUCUGAACUGUACAGGAGGUCAUUUGAAAGGGAGCAUAUCUUUAAAGAGAUGACCAAUGGGGCUGUGAGAAAUUAUGAGGGUAAUGAAGCACCAGGAGGGCCUAUAAAGAGAGAUCAGUCACCAUGGCGGCACAGCUCCUUACCACGUCCUUAUUCCGUUUCUCCAUCCAAACCUCUGAGUUUUGCUCUCAGGCCACAUACAGAAGCAAUUUCCACCAGCAGCUAUGCCACUGACACCCCUUUCAGACCCCAAAGCUAUCCACAGGAGUGUCACCAGGGAGCCAGUUCUAAAUCUGGUGGGUCCAUCAUCGGAGGGGAGCCUGCCCUUGCCUCCUUAGCUUCAGAUGGAAGAGCUGGAGUUACUACACCUUCUCUACACCAAGCUUUCACCUCUCAGACCCAAGUGAAAGCCCUAGGCAGCCAGUCUACCUUUCAUUCCAGUUCUGGACAGGUGCAACCACAAAGAUGUUUGCCAAACCAGAUCUCCUCUUCUUUUAACAUCAUACAGCCUGAACUGUUUGACUCUGAAGAAUCCGCUACAACCUGCAAUUCUGCUUCAUACAUGCAUUCCUUCAGCACUGAUCUGAAAGGGAAAACUUUUUCUCCAAAUGUAGUUAGUCAUUCAGGAGUUGAUGUUACUGAUGAUUUGAUCGAGAAAUCUGAUGGAAUUCCAAAAUCAUAUCCAAAUUCAGCUGAAGAUGGAAGGGUCUGUAGACAGGAGUCUGCAAGGCUUUCCAAGUAUUUGUCCAGAAAUGCAACAUGGUCCAGCUCUGCCAGUCUUCCUCGUGGGUACCGUCGGUCUGAGGGUUCCACUCGUCUCUCCACUCCGAUCACAGCCAGACCCUUCGAGGCAAAGCCAUCCGGAAUAUCCACACUACCAAAACAACACAAUGUUGACAGUCUGAGUUUAAUUGUAAACACUGGGGAUUCCCAUUCCUCAACCAAACCAGCUCUGAAAAGGCAGACUGCAGCAGCGCAUCUGCGGGGUCAGUAUCAGGCCUCGGUUAGGCAGAAGAAGGCUAACCAGGUGAGGCAGAAUGCCGCAGGACAGCGAAAGGAAGUGAAUGAUCAAACCUUCCCUCAGACUUAUACAAAAUCAUCUUCCAACAACAAAAGCUCUGUUCUUGCAUCUAAUGCAAGUACAGUCUUAAAGGUUGAUCACAGUGACAUGAGAGUGAGCCUGACUCUGAAACCAAACAGCGUCCCAGACUUUGGCUUCCAAACUCACUGGGACUGCACAGGGGUGAGAAUAAAAAGCAUUCAACCAGGCAGUCCAGCAGAGCACUGCCAGCUCUGUGUGGAUGAUGAGAUUGUGGCAGUUGAUGGAGUUGCUGUUGCACAUAUGACCUACAGUCAGUGGAAGGAUAAAAUGGCAUCCUCCCUGGAUUCUGGCAGUUUAACAAUGGACAUUCGGCGUCAUGGCAUCAAGGAUUGGAGCACGAAUAAAGGAAGUAAUGACAACCAGCCAGGACACAGCAUGUUGACCCUUAAUCUGACUUCUACGGCACCCAUUUUAAUAGGCCGCUCCGAUCACCAUGCCAACAGUGCAGCCUCUGCAGAAAUGGCAGACACACAAGAAUCUCAACUUAAUGGGCAGACAGACAAUGUAACGCAAGAAAAAGUCAUCGGUGGGCCCUUCUCUGUUAACACAACCAAGGCUAGAUGUAAAGAAAAUGUUAGUAUAACUAGAGAAAAUCAAAAAAGGAGGAAAGAGUUUUUCACACAGAAAGGAGGCUCGGAAUCAGCAAUAUCUGAUAUUCAGGUGCCUUCCCUCAACCCAUCCUCAUCCAGCUGGGCUUGGGACUGUGAGGAGGAUCGUAGGCGGCAGGAGAAGUGGCAGGAAGAGCAAGAGCGCCUUCUGCAGGAGCAGUACCAGCGAGAUCAAGAGAAGUUGGAGGCAGAGUGGCAAAGGGCACAACAGGAUGCAAUGGAAAGCGAGACGCUGAGGGAGAAUGCUGUUGAGAUGGGCAGUGGUCCUGAGCUGUUUGCCAGUUCCCAGCUUUAUGCAAACGGACUGACAAAGGGAAAAAAAGAAGAGAAAGUGAAUCUUGAUGGAGAAUAUCAGAAAGAAGCUGGACUGAUGCAUCCCAGUAUUGCCCACAGAGUGCAGAGUAACAGGAUUACUGAGAAAGACUGGGCUGAGGGUUCCAGUGGUUUCGCUCAGCUGUCCCAUGCUCACAGGGCAAUGUCCAUGUCGACUCCGGUUUUAUCUGGACCCUGCAGACAAUCAAGAGGUUUAGGUGAUCCAAGGAAAAGAAGAGGGUUAACCAUGUCAAAAGCUGAGAGGGAGAGACAGCAGAUUUUGGAGGAGAUGAAGAAGAGGACUCAGCUUCUGACCGACAACAGCUGGAUACGCCAACGCAACGGUGGAUUUCAUAAAGAUGAUGAUGUUGGCACCGCCAUGAAGAGAUAUGAGUCUCUGGACAACCUGGAUAUUUUCCAUCAAUCCCCAGACUGUGCUGCAACAUUUACUUACCCUCGCCCCAGUUCAGCUGCUGGAGGUUACAGUGCUCAGACUAGGACUGCCUCCUCACGCUACAGCACUGGCUCGUUGUCUUUCCAGAGACAUGUGAACAUGGAGUCCUCUCAUCAACCCAGGAUGGUCAGUGGCAGGAGGACUUGCUGUGUGUGUGAGCGUGUCCUGGGUAGUGGGGCUGCGAUGAUCAUAAAGACCCUUAGUCUCUGUUUCCACCUGACCUGUUUCCAGUGUGUGGGCUGCAAUCGACACCUCGGAGGAACAGAGACUGGAGUCCAGGUUCGCAUCCAUAACAGGAGGCCCUACUGUGAUUACUGCUAUUUCCAACUCAAGUACUCUGCCCUCCGCAUGUGACCAACACGCUGUGCUGCAGAUACAAGAUUAGGGUGUGGAAAAUGGUGUCAUACCUGAUAUACAUUGUUUUUCUUUCUUUUUUCAUGAUUAUUUGUACAAUAAACUGAUAUGUGCUAUCUUAGGUCUUGGAAUACACAACUGUUGGCUGAUUUUAUCUGAUAAUGGUGUAUAGCUGAACUGUGUUUCUGCUAAUUUAAUUGCAAAAACUAGAUUUAAUAUAUACAUUUAAAAAUCAAAUUUUUUUCUGUGAUGUAAUUUGCUUGUUAAUCAGAAUCUAUUUGCUGUGUGUGGGGUUUAAAUAUAUCAGAUGUUUAUCAAGAUGCAUAAAAUGUUGAACAUUUAAACAAUGUACUAAAGCACUUCCUGUUCACUUAAAAGUCAGAGUGCACCGUGGGGUAACUCAUUGAUACAGUGUGUAUGUUUCUCAGAGGAUCAUUGUUGUCUUAAUUAUAACAUUUGUCAAUAAAAGUACACUACACAAACUACCUGGGUUUUCCAUAAUGUUUUAUAACCACAUGAUGGCAGCGUUGGUCUUGGAAUGAAACUAUCUCAUACUGUUGAUAAAAAUGGGAGUUUCUUUUGAAUAUAACCAAAUGAUUUCAUGCUACUAGUGAAGACCUUGUAGACUUUAAAAGUGGUUUCCUCUAUGGAAUUUCCAGAAGGAUUCAUGCUUUCAGUAGAUCUGUGUUCGGUGGGCUUUGCCUCGUGUCACCAAAAAGUGAAAAGUCGGCAGAAGAAGCGAGACCAAAAUAAGGAAAUGUGCAAUUAUUUGAAUGGCAAAGGAAGUCUUCUUGCCCUGGCUGAGGGAAGACGUGUCUGUUUUUCUUUUUCUUUUUUUUUCCUUCUUCCACUUUGUUGCAUAUGCAGCAACACUGUGUAUUACUUAAACAUUUCUCAGAACUGACAAAUGGUUUCUGCUUCAUUGCUUUAAUGUUUUUGAAUAAGGAUCUUACUGAACUGGUAACUACC